UGGUCUGCUGCGCCACUUCCGCCGCACUGGUCGCAAUGCUGCCCGGUCCGUGGUGGCUGGUGCUCUGGCUGCAGCCCCUGGCCACACUGCCAGCGGGCGCAGCGCGGGAGGAGGAGGCAGCUAUGUCAGUUCCAAGAUGUAAAUCUCUGAAGGAAACAGACUUAAUUAGAACUUCUGUGUCAGGCUGCUAUUGCUACAAUCAACAUUCACAAAUAGAGUGGACAUAUAUGUGGUCAACUGUACAGGUGACAGUUACCAGCCCAGGCCUGCUCAGUAUUGUAUAUAUCACAGGAAGUCAUAAUUGCCAGCAGACUGAAACCAUUUUAUCCUUUAUCAAAUGUGUGACUCAUAACUUUUGGGCACCAGAGGAGACUAAGGAGAUGACCAUAGUCUUCAGUCCAUAUGGAGAAACUGUGUGCUUCUCUGUGAAGCCUGUUGGGAGGAUACUUACCUACAUAGUAAGCGUGAAUCGAAACAUUGUGGAUUUCAAACUCUUCCUUGUGUUUGUGACAGGCGUUCUCCUUUUCUUUUAUGCAAAGACUUUGAGCCAAAGCCCUGUUUUCUAUUACUGUUCGGGUACCAUGUUAGGUAUUCUAAUGACACUAGUCUUUGUCCUUCUGAUGGCUAAGAAACACAUUCCAAAGUAUAGCACAUUUGGGGCGCUAAUGGUUGGUUGUUGGUUUGCUUCAGUUUAUGUUUUGUGCCAGUUGGUGGAAGCUCUGAAGUGGCUGUGGUGUGGAAACACAAUGUUUGCAUUAGGCUAUGUCUCCGUUGUUGGACUUUGUAGCUUUGCCGCCUGUUACAGUCAUGGGCCUCUUGCCGAUGAGGGGAGCAGAGACCUUCUGAUGUGGACCCUGAGGCUCCUCUCCCUGGUUCUGGUCUACACUGGUAUGGCCGUGCCGCACUUUGCCUAUGCUGUUAUGAUCCUCCUCCUGUCCUCCUGGAGUCUACACUAUCUACAGAGAGCAUUCAGCUAUCUGAGGCGGAAAAUGAGGCCAUGGUUCACAGCAGAAGCUCCGGUGGUGAGGUAUCUCACUGAAGACGAGUACAGGGAGCAAGCGGAAGCGGAAACAGCCAGCGCUCUGGAGGAACUGCGCCAGGCCUGCUGCAGGCCUGACUUCCCUUCCUGGCUGGCAGUCUCCAGACUCCAGGCUCCAAAAAAGUUUGCAGAGUUUGUUCUUGGAGCAAGCCACCUGUCCCCAGAGGAAGUCAGCACCCAUGAGAAGCAAUAUGGCCUUGGGGGCGCCUUCUUGGAAGAGCAGCUCUUCAGCCUGCAGACUGACAGUCUACCUGCAAGCUAGCGUCAUGCUGAACAGGAAAGCAAGAAAAAGGCAAAGAUCCUGUUCCAGCUGGGUGGAACCCAGGCGCCUCAGAGAAAAAGAAGCCAUGCCAAUAAGGAAAAACUCAUUUGCAUUUGCACAAGAGAGCUUUUCUGAGGGGGUGUGACAGUGGAAAGCCUCAUUGCCACAUGCCCUGAAUGAAGGUCUUCACAGGAACAGGGCAAACCUCUUUAGGACCAGUAAACAGGACCUGAUACUUUCCAGUCACCAGGCACUAGCUCCCUUCUGGAUGCCUGGGAGCUGGCUCAAACGGCUGCAUUAUUGUCCUCCCUGCCCCUGAGCUGCAUUGAUCAGUAUCAAUGCUUUCUAAGGUGCCAUUCACAUGAUAGUAGGAAGUGCUGUUGAAGGAAUUCUGAUGCUGGCUGUGGUUAACUGAGAGUCACGCAUUCUGCAAGCUCCUCAGCCUUUAAUGCUACACAGGAAUCGUAGACAUCAUGCAUAGGGCUUCUAACUUACUAACCACAAACCAUUUUUCAUGAGACUAAUAAUCUUUAGAACUCACGUUUGGAAAUGCUAUUGAUGGUGGAAUAUAGGUUUGAGAGUCAGAAUAAAAGUGUCGUCAGCAGCUUUGGCGACACUGUAGCCCUGGUGCCUAUGGGACUCAGGUAUAAGACACUUCUUCACAUGCAGGUUUAGGGCUGUCUCCCUAUAGCCUUGAUCUCAUGGUGUUGGUGCCUCAAGUUUUUGUUGUUGUUGUUUUCUUCUGUUUUUUAAGCAAUGCCCAACCAGCUAUUUAAUAACUGUGAUUAAGAAGAAACAUUUCUUAGGUUUAUAUUUAAAGUUUUGAUAAGAUUUUAUAUGCAGACAGAUUAAAACUUAUAAUUACUUUUUGUACUUUUUAUAUAUUAAAAUUGAAAGUAUGGAAGCAUUUGUGACAUUUUGAGAUUUAUUUUUUUUAAACUGAUUAUGUAUGUCUACAAUGAAUUCUCACAAAAUAGAUUUGUGAUACUUCUUUUAUUUUUAGAGAGACAGCAAAUGUUUAUUUCUUGAUCCAUCAUGAACUCCAGGGUGAAAUGAGCUCUACCUGAGCUCUGAGCCCACGGAGAGGUGCAGAAACAGCCCAAAGAGCUGACUACGGCAGACAAUCUGUGAACAGGUCGCCGCUUUAUCCUCUGAGAACCAAAGUCAGGUUGUUUUGCAGUGUAAUGAUAAAACAACAAAAAGCAUGACAAGGAAGGUGGGGGGGACAAGACACAGCCUUGGUCACUGUCAUCCGCUGAGAGCGAUGCUGACUUCAGAACUUUCCUAUAUUCACUCUCAAUGAUGCUCUCUCUCUCUGAAGCUCUACGUCAGUGUGUCUGCCUCUGCUUUUUGACGGACAUAUAUAAUGUCAGGAGUCUUUUCCCUUUCCUUAGAAACUUCACUCAGUUCAAUCUGUACCUUUCAUGUUGAUUUUAAAACAUCAAAGAAUGGGGUCUGGAGAGAUAGCUCAGUGGUUUGAAAGAGCCUUACAGAGAACUCGAGUUCAGUCCUCAGCAUCGAGUGGCAUGGGGGCUUACAGCCAUCCAUAACUCUAGUUCUGGGGGGUCUGAUGACUUCCUCUGAUUUUGCAUGCACACCCACACACAGGCAGAAACACUUGUGUGUAAAUAAUGGACUCUAUUCAUUUUGUCAACUCUUUUGCAGAAAUAGACAGGAGUUGUAACAUUUCACCACAGCUUAAUCUGGUUUCCUUUUUCAGUAACUUUAUUUAUUGGCAGUGGAUCGUAACAGGUCAGUGCUUAUGCAUUGCUGGCUUCAGCUGUCACUGAGCAGUUUGUCUAGUAUAGAAUGUGUUUGUGUGUGACUGGCACGUUAACACCGCCGUAGCCACCAUGACAGCCCCAGCUUUCCUGAGCUUGUAGAGACCUCACUGUGAAGCUGCAGCUCCCAGCACCAGCAAGUCAGUGUACACGGGGGAAAAAAAAAAGUGGUAGUCUCUCGGGCUGCUGUUUUUCAUGCUUAUUUUCAGAAGGAAUCAUGGAUCUGUCAGAUUGUUAUGUGACGGCUGUGAGAAGCUAAACAAUUAAAACAUUUCUGGUGAAA